UAUUAAUUCAAGAAUUAGAGAAAAUUAACGGAAAUCACGCAUCCAGUUGAAAUGCUAUCAGAAUCAGAACCACCGGCCGCAGCCGCCAAUUUACCAUCAGCCACCCCUCCGCCGCCGUCAUCCGAUGAGGACUUUUUCUCGUCUGUAUCGGUGGCAUCGACGUCUUCCACGUCAUCGCCGUCCACCCCGAUUCCUUCACCACCACAGCCUCAUCCAGAGGUUCCAAUUUCAUGGCCUGAAGACGGGACUUUAACCCUAGCUUGGGUUACGAACUUGAUGUUAGCAUUUGAUUGGUCAUCCAAGAAUCUUGCUCCGACGGAGCUGCCAUCGGUGUUACCUGUAGCGGUUUUUGAUCGGCUUAUACUAACGGGUUCGAAGAUCUUGCAUAAAGAACCCAAUUGUGUGCAUAUCGAUAGCGAGUUGGGGUUGGGAAAGGAUUCGAGGGUUAUUGUUGUUGGGGACGUACACGGCCAGUUACAUGAUGUCUUGUUCUUAUUGAGAGAUGCGGGUUUUCCCUCUGAUGAUCGGUUCUUUGUGUUCAACGGAGACUAUGUCGAUAGAGGUGCUUGGGGUCUUGAGACCUUCCUUACCUUGUUGGCUUGGAAGGUUUUUAUGCCCAAUAGGGUGUUUCUCCUUCGUGGAAAUCACGAGUCAAAGUACUGUACUUCUGUUUAUGGUUUUGAAAAGGAGGUUUUAGCCAAGUAUGCGGAUAAUGGGAAACAUGUUUACAGGAAAUGUUUAGGAUGUUUCGAAGGACUCCCUCUUGCCUCCAUUAUUGGUGAUAAGGUCUACACUGCACACGGAGGUAUUUUCCGUAGUAUUGCUGUCACUCCAGCUAAAAGAGCUAAAGGGAAAAAGAACCGUAAAAUAGUUUCGAAUCCCGAUGUUACUGCUUUAUCUCUUGGUUCUAUGGAGGAAUUAUUAAAAGCUAGGAGAUCUGUCCUUGAUCCUCCUUGGGAAGGUACGAAUUUGAUACCGGGUGAUGUCUUAUGGUCAGACCCGUCAAUGAAACCUGGACUUUCCCCGAAUAAAGAAAGAGGAAUUGGUCUCUUAUGGGGUCCGGAUUGCACAGAAGAUUUCUUGAAGAAGUUGAAUUUAAAGUUGAUUAUAAGGUCACAUGAAGGUCCAGAUGCAAGGGAAAAGAGAGAGGGAAUGGAAGGAAUGGAUCAAGGGUAUACCAUAGAUCAUGAGGUCCAAUCCGGUAAAUUGAUUACAGUGUUUAGUGCCCCAGACUAUCCACAGUUUCAGGCAACAAAGGAUAGGUACCGAAAUAAAGGAGCAUAUAUUAUUUUGGAACCUCCUAAUUUUGACAUCCCCGUUUAUCGUAGUUUUGAAGCAGUGACGCCCCGACCCAAGGUGAAUCCGUAUUAUGAUUUUGAAGAUUGCAUUGAUUCUGAUGAAGAACUAGACUUGGCGUCUAUGGCUACAUGAAGGUAGUUCUCAUGAUCAGCGCGACAUUUGCAAAGCUUAAAAUAUUGUACAUGCUUCUAUAUUAUUUUUGAGGUGAUACAAGUAAAAUUAUUCCUUCAAGAUUCCUUGACUGUUAGAGAGAUAUGUUUCAUGGUUUUCUACUCAGAACAGUUACCGAUGUACAACCCUUUUUUGUAUCAAAAUUUAGACAGACUGUUUCUUGUACAACUUAAUAUCUUUAGUGCUGCUUGUUUUUGCAACCAUGUGGUACUUUGCCUUCAUGCUACAUACCCUUGAGAAGGUUUAUCUUUCAUUGGAAUGUUCACUUGACUUCUCUAGCAGAGAGUGAGU